AUGUACGCGAAAGCCUUAGAAAUCGAUAGUCAAAUAUUUCACGAAGAGCACGAAUCGUUAGCCACAUCGCACCAUCAGAUCGCCAUUGCUCAUUUAGAAUUAGAAACUUUAUCAGAAGCUUUAUAUCAUGCAGAAAAAGCUCUAAGAAUAGUGUUACGUUCACAAGCCAAAAAAAAUCUUUCGUUGAUCUCGACUUUUCAAUACAGCCUUGGGCUUCUGCAAUACAAUUUAGGCAACAUGGGAAAAGCAUUAAAAAUGAUGGGAAAAGCACUGAAUAAUCUUUUAGCUUGUCCCGCCGAGCAUCAGACGAUGGCAGCUACUAUCUAUAAUUGUUUUUCGUUGAUCUACGAAAAAGAAGGAGAUACUCAAAGCUGUGGAAUAUGCGGAAAAAGCUAG